CCGAGUCCGUCGCACAUAAAGCGACUCCGCCAGACUGCACGCUGAUGAAGAGAUUUUAAAAUGAAAGGUCUAUCGUUUUUUACACUCAUAGCGUUGCUAUGGCAAUGCAGCCGAGCGCAGCAAAGGGGUCUGUUCCCAGCGGUGCUGAACCUGGCCUCUAUGGCAGAGAUCAGCACCAACGCUACCUGUGGAGAGACAGGACCAGAGAUGUACUGCAAACUGGUGGAGCACGUCCCCGGACAGCAAGUCAGGAACACCCAGUGCCGUAUCUGCAACAACAACAGCGAGAGGCAAUUUGAGCGCCACCCGAUUGAAUAUGCCAUCGAUGGAACUAACAGAUGGUGGCAGAGCCCCAGCAUUAAGAACGGCAUGGACUACCAUUACGUCACAGUCACUCUGGACUUACAGCAGGUGUUCCAGAUAGCCUAUAUGAUCCUGAAGGCUGCCAACUCCCCCAGGCCAGGUAACUGGGUGCUGGAGCGUUCCCUGGACGGGGUGACCUUUACCCCCUGGCAGUACUAUGCCAUCACAGACACAGAGUGCCUCACCCGCUUCAACAUCCUUCCCCGCACCGGACCGCCAUCUUACACACGCGAUGACGAGGUCAUCUGCACCUCUUUCUACUCCAAAAUCCAACCCCUGGAGAAUGGAGAGAUCCACACCUCUCUGAUCAAUGGAAGGCCGAGCGCUGAUGACCCCUCCCCGACUUUACUGAACUUCACCUCCGCACGCUACAUCCGCCUGCAGUUCCAGCGAAUCAGAACCCUCAACGCUGACCUCAUGACCCUGGCCUUCAACGACCCCCGCGAUGUCGACCCCAUCGUGACCAGGCGGUAUUACUACUCUAUCAAAGACAUCUCAGUUGGAGGGAUGUGUAUCUGCUAUGGCCAUGCUAAAGCCUGUCCUCUGAACAACCAGACCAAGAAAUUCAGCUGUGAGUGUGAACACAACACAUGUGGGGAGAGCUGUGACCGCUGUUGCCCCGGCUACAACCAGAAACCCUGGAUGGCUGGGACCUUCCUCACUCGCCACGUCUGUGAGAAGUGUAACUGUCAUGGGAAAUCUGAGGAGUGUUACUUCAACCAGACGGUGGCAGACAACAAACAGAGCCUGAACUCCAAGGGGGAGUACGUGGGGGGAGGGGUGUGUGUGGGGUGCACCAGGAGCACAGCCGGGGUCAACUGCCAGACCUGUGCUGAUGGCUACUACAGACCCACUGGGGUGAGUCCAGAGGACUCCAACCCGUGUCAGCCCUGCUCCUGUGACCCAGCAGGCUCUCUGUCCCCAGCAUGUGUUCCAGACCAGUCCCAGGCUGAAGGAGACCUCACGGCUGGAUCCUGUCACUGUAAGCAGGGUUACGGGGGACAGCAGUGUGACAGGUGUACCUUUGGCUACAGCGGCUACCCCAACUGUAUCCGCUGUAACUGCAGUCUAGACGGAAGCCUAAACAAGGAUCCCUGCCUGUUGCCCUGUGUCUGCAAGGAAAACGUAGAAGGGGAGAACUGCGACCGCUGCAAGCUGGGUUUCUAUCAUCUCCUGGGUGAGCGUCUCCACGGCUGCGAGAAGUGCUACUGUUCCGGCGUGGCGAGCGACUGCUCCGACUCCCACUGGACCUACCAUAAUGAGACAUCCAUGGUGGGCUGGUCCCUCACAGCAGAGGAUGGGGAGGGGAAGGUGUGGCCCGCCCCCAGCAGAGACAACGACAGGUCCCAGGCACUCAGGAUCGAUAACCAGGAGGCCAGGAGACACCUUCCUGCUGUCUACUACUGGAGUGCACCUGGAGAAUACCUGGGCAACAAGCUCCCAGCCUAUGGAGGAAGUCUUGUCUAUACAGUCUCAUAUGAUGCAGGGGAGAAAGACCAGGACAUCAGGGUUAACUCUGCUCCUAAUGUCAUAAUAGAGGGCAGCGGGAUAAAAAUGAUUGACAGUCGGUUCGGUCUGCCGGUGUACCCUUUCUCGGAGAGCACAAAGAGAACUCUGCUCUACCCUGACCACUUUGAGAAUCAGGAGACAGGCCUGCCUGUCAGCAAGAGAGAUUUCAUGAUGGCUCUAACUAAUGUGAGCAGCCUCCUCAUCAGAGCCUCACACAGCAAUGAGCGGGUCGCCAUCUACAGGCUCCAUUCUGUCAGUCUGGAGAUGGCCAGUGAGUUCUCCAGGAGUGAGAAGAUGGCCAAUGCUGUGGAGAUGUGUCACUGUCCUCCUGGGUACGGUGGAACGUCUUGUGAGAUGUGUUCGUCGGGUCAUCGAAGAGUUAACGGCACCAUGUUCAAAGGAUUGUGUGAACCAUGCGACUGCCACGGCCAUGCCACAGACUGUGACGACAUCACUGGACAAUGCUUGGGCUGCACUGACCACACCACCGGAUUCCACUGUGAUGAAUGUAUCCCUGGAUUCUAUGGGGACGCUACCAACGGAACAGCCAAUGACUGCCAGCCCUGCGCCUGCCCCCUCAACAUCCCGUCCAACAAUUUCAGCCCCACGUGCCAUGUGGACCCGCGAGGGGAGCUGAUAUGUGACCGAUGCCAGCCGGGGUACACCGGAGCACGCUGUGACAGGUGCUCGAAUGGCUACUUUGGUCAGCCGGCGGUUAAGGGGGGCUCAUGCCAGCCCUGCCAGUGUAACGGUAACCUCGACCUGGCCUCACCGCAGAGCUGCGACCCCAUCACCGGCUCCUGUCUGAGGUGUCGCGAUGGCUACGGGGGAACCACCUGCAACACCUGUGCCGAGGGCUUCUAUGGGGACGCCAUCGAGGCCAAAAACUGCCAAUCGUGCCAGUGUCACAACAAUGGCUCUGUGUCGGAGGUCUGCCACCAGGAGAAUGGGCAGUGCCAGUGCAAGCAGCAUGUGGUGGGACGGCAGUGUGACGAGUGCAUGCCCCAGACCUAUGGCAUUCAGUCCGCUGGAGGCUGUGUCCCCUGCCACUGUAACUCCUUUGGGUCCAAGUCCUUUGACUGUGACGAGUCGGGCCAGUGCCGGUGCCAGCCUGGUGUCACUGGGCCCAAGUGUGACCGAUGCGCUCCAGGACACUUCAACUUCCAGGAGGGUGGCUGCACACCGUGCCAGUGCGCCCAUGUGGGAAAUAAUUGCGAUGCCAACAUAGGACGGUGCAUCUGCCCUCCCAACACUGUGGGGGAGAGAUGUGACAAAUGUGCCCCCGAUCACUGGGGUCAUGAUAUCAUGGCGGGCUGCAAGGCCUGUGGGUGUAACCAGGUGGGCUCAGUGACCCAGCAGUGUAACCCCAACACAGGCUGCUGCAUGUGCCGGGACCAGUUCCAUGGAGAGAAGUGCAGCGAGUGUAAGCUUGGCUACCGGGACUUCCCACAAUGCAUUUCCUGCGGCUGCAACGUGGCCGGUUCGGACAGCCAGACCUGUGAUGCAGACCAGAAUGUGUGUGCCUGUGCAGACAGGACUGGACAAUGCAGCUGCAAGGCGAAUAUACAGGGUCUGAAGUGUGACCAGUGUAAGUCGAGGACUUUCGGCCUGAGCACCAGGAACCCACUGGGCUGCAGUCAGUGUUACUGCUUCGGUAUGUCCAACACCUGUACUGAGGCACAGGGCCUCAUCCGCAUGUGGCUGUCCCUGAAACCAGAGCAGACCAAGCUGCCCCUAGUGGACAAAGCCAACCAGCAGGAGACCACACGCGGAGUGACCUUCCAGCACCCAGAGAUCAUCGCUAACGCUGACCUGGUCACCCAGAAGCUGACCGAACCCUACUACUGGAGACUGCCUGAGCAGUUCCAGGGGUCCAUGAUCACAGCCUACGGCGGCAAGCUGAAGUACGCUAUCUACUUUGAGGGGCGUGACGAGACAGGCCGUACCUCCUACGAACCCCAGGUCAUCAUAAAGGGAGGGCCCAACAGAGACAAGGUGAUGGUCCGCCACAUGCAGGGACUGCAGAUUGGACAACUCACCCGCCAUGAGAUCGACAUGACAGAGCACGAGUGGAAGUACGAAGACAAGAAGGCCAUGACACGCGAGGACUUCAUGGACGUCCUGUUUUACGUUGACUACGUCCUCAUCAAGGCUUCCCAUGGGAACAUGAUGCGACACAACAGGAUCUCUGAGAUUUCUAUGGAGGUGGCAGAGGAGGGAAGGCCGUCCGUGGAGAGUGAGCGGGCCCACCAGAUAGAGAAAUGUGACUGCCCCCUGGGCUACUCCGGCCUGUCCUGCGAGGAAUGUGGGGCAGGGUUUUACCGCCUGUCUGCCCGCAGCGGUGGCGCGGCCUCCAGAGCAGGCAUCGGGAGCUGUGUGCAGUGCCAGUGCAACAGGCACAGUGAGGCAUGUGACCCGGAGACAUCCAUCUGCCAGAACUGCCAGCAGAACACAGAGGGGGACAGGUGUGAACGCUGUGCCCCAGGAUACUAUGGUGUAGUGAGGGGCAGACCCGAUGACUGCAAACCCUGUGCCUGCCCCCUCACCAACCAUGAGAACAAUUUUAGCCCUACCUGUGUAACAGAGGGAUUCAAUGACUACCGCUGUACUGCCUGCCCCGAGGGCUAUGAGGGAAAGUACUGUGAGAGAUGUGCCACAGGUUACCACGGUGACCCCCGUUCCCCCGGCGGGAAGUGUGAGGAGUGUAAGUGUGACCCGUACGGGGCGUGGCCCCAACCGUGUGACCCCCGCUCAGGCCAGUGCCGCUGCCGGCCCGGGGCCACUGGACGCACCUGCAGCCAGUGCAUGGAGAGGCAUGUGUGUGGGCCCUCUGGGAUCGUGUCCUGCGAUGAUGACUGUGCCGGGCUCCUCAUCAGAGAUAUGGACAGACUGCAUCGUAUCAUCACCAGUGUCAACCUCACCACCCCUCUACCACCGCCCUACAAAGUCCUCUACCGGUUUGAGAACAUGACGGAGGAACUCAAGCACAUGCUCUCGCCACAGAAUUCGCCGGAGAGGCGCCUGCAGCUGGCUGACAGUAACCUGGGCAGCCUGGUGACAGAGAUGGACGAUCUGCUGAGUCGGGCGACCAAAGUGUCGGCAGAUGGCGAGCAAACAGGCGCCGAUGCCGAUAGAAUCCACAAACGAGCCGAAGACCUGGAACUUUUCGUCAAGAACACCCUACUGGCUGCAGAAGUUCUGAAGGUCAAGGCUAAAGAGCUGAAUGAGACUCUGGGCAGGAGGAACGGAGCUCCAGAGAAGAGUCUGAACGAGAUGCACCAGGAGAUCGAGACCAUGCUAGCUGAGCUCCGCAAACGCCAGCUGGGAGGCAAGAAGCACAUCUCAGAGGAUGAGCUGGGACUGGCAGAGGCCCUGUACCAGAAGGUGAAGCGUCUCUUCGGGGACCCCCACCAGGCCACGGAGGACCUGAAGGCCGAGGUGACAGAGAAGAUGGGUGACCACCGGGCCAAGCUGGAUGACACCCAGGCCCUGCUGAAGGACGCCCAGGGGAAGAGCAGGGAGGCUGGGGCCCUGUCCGGACAGAACCAGCGCAACCUCACCGCCCUGGAGAGAAAGAGGGAUGCUGUGAGCUCAGUGAAGAAAGGAACUGAAGACGUGCUGGCAGACGGAGAGCGCAUUCUGGCUGAAGCCAAUGGGCUCUCAGACAACAUCAAUAAGGAGAUUGAGGAUCUGGAGGAGAUGGAGCAUGAGCUGGGUCCUCUCCAUGGGCAGCUGGACUACAGGGUGAGCCAUCUGACCCAGGGCCUGAGUGGCAACACCCUGACUGACCUUCUGCAGGACGCUGAGAACCACGCUGCUGAGCUCAACGUGUCCUCAAACAUCCUGGACCGCAUCCUGGCAGAAGCCAAGAACCUGUCCUUUAACGCCACAGCAGCGUUCAACGCAUACAGCAACAUCAAGGACUUCAUCGAGGAGGCUGACAAAGAGGCAAAGCAGGCCAGGGCACGCGGGACAGAGGCCCUUCAGCUGGCAUCAGGACCCAAAGGCUCUUUGAAGGAUAACGCCAAGAACUCUGUUCGGAAGAGCAUUCAACUGUGGAACGAAGCCAAGCAGUUAGAGAAUGAUGUGAAAGAGAACGCUGAGAGUGUUGGCAGUCUCCAGGCUAGGGUGAAAGCUGGUGGCUUGAAGAACAAGGGCUUGCGGAAGGAUCUGGACGAUACGUUACGGAAGCUGAAUGCAAUCCCCAAUGAUACAGCAGCCAAGCUACAGAUUACCAAGGCCAAGGCAGGAGAUGCCAACGACACAGCCAAUGAUGUACUGGCCAGACUGAGAGACAUGAACCUGAACCUGAUGGGCCUGAAGAAGAACUACAGCAAGCUGGAGGAUGACGUCAACAAGGCCAACAACAUGAUCCAGGACCCUGAGAAAAACACAAUAAUCCAUGCAGCGGGGGCUAAGGUGAAAGACCUGGAGGACAAGGCAGACAGACUGCUGGAGAAACUGAAGCCCAUCAAAGAGCUGCAGGACAACUUGAAGAAAAACAUCUCCCAGAUUAAAGAGUUGAUCAAUCAGGCGCGCAAGCAGGCCAACUCUAUUAAAGUGUCCGUAUCCUCUGGAGGAGACUGUAUCCGUGCAUAUCGACCAGAAAUCAAGAAGGGUCGCUACAAUGCCAUCAUUGUGAAUGUGAAGACCACCUCCCCUGAUAACCUACUGUUCUACCUGGGCAGUAUCAAAUAUAUUGACUUCCUGGCCAUUGAGAUGCGUAAGGGCAAGGUCAACUUCCUGUGGGACGUGGGCUCUGGAGUGGGCAAGGUUGAGUAUCCUGACAUGACUAUCAACGACGGCAACUGGCAUCGCAUCGAGGCCUCACGGAAUGGCAUCAAUGGCACCAUCUCUGUCCAUGCACUGGAGGGUCCCAAAGCUGGCAUCAUGCCCACCUCUAAGAGUGGCACCUCUCCUGAUGGCUAUACUAUCCUGGAUGUGGACCAGAAUGCCUACCUGUUUGUCGGUGGCAUAUUGGGCAGUGUGAAGAAAGCGGACGCUGUCAAAACCACUACUUUCUCCGGGUGUAUGGGAGAGACAUACCUGGACAACAAACCUAUUGGCCUGUGGAACUACAGAGAGAGAGAAGGAGACUGCAAAGGAUGUGUGGUCAGCCCCCAGCCGUCAGACACAGAGGGGACGGUACAGUUUGAUGGGGAGGGCUACGCUGCUGUGAGCCGCCCCACCAGAUGGAACCCCAAUGUCUCCACCGUCAUGUUCAAGUUCCGCUCCUUCUCCACCGACUCCCUGCUCAUGUAUUUCGCCACCAAGGAUAUGAAGGACUUUAUGAGUGCUGAGUUGAGUGAUGGUCUAGUGAAGGUGAGUUUUGACCUGGGCUCAGGCACCGGCUCGGUCCUCAGUAUCAAGAGACACAACGACGGCAGGUGGAAGUCCUUCACUAUGGCCCGCAUGAAGAAACAAGCUACGGUGACCAUCGUGGACAUAGAUACCAAUGAAGAGGAGAAGCUGGUGGUGUCAUCCCAAGGCUCUGCCACUGGGCUCAACCUCAAGGAGGAUGAGAGGAUCUACUUUGGGGGUUUGCCAACCAUUGGAAACUACAGUAUCAAAUCAAGGUCAGAGGUUACCAAAAAGAGGUAUGCUGGCUGUAUAAGAGACAUUGAGGUUUCCAGAACCCCCUAUAACCUGCUGAGCAGCUCAGACUACACCGGCCUGACCAAAGGCUGCUCUGUAGAGAACCUCCACACAGUGAGCUUCUCCAAGCCAGGUCACAUGGAGCUGAGGUCCAUGUCCUUCGAUGUUGGCACAGAGAUCAGCUUGUCCUUCGCAACCAAGAGUGAUAAGGGUAUCAUCCUGUUUGGCAGUGGGAGCACCAAUGGGGCCAGCUCCCAGUUCCAACUCCCCAAGAGGAGACGCAGGCAGUCUGGGGAGCCCUUCCUGGCCGUGUUGCUGAACAAGGGGGCCCUGGAGGUGCUGGUGUUCACAGGCAGCCACAGCCCACGCAGGGUGGUCCGCAAGCCUGACCAGGGUAUCCUGCAUGACGGGAGGGAACACACUCUGCGCAUCGAGAGACUGGGUGGCAGGUCAUUUGCCGUCCAGGUGGAUGAGGAGCUGAAGAGGGAGCAGGCUCUUCCCAACGACCAAAACAUGGGCAUUAAGAGACUGUUCAUCGGGGGUAUCCCCCCUGAUGUAGAGCUCAGCACCCAGAGACCCAACGACCCCUUCGAAGGCUGCAUCUGGAACCUCAUGAUUAAUACCAUCCUCACAGACUUCUCCCAGCCCGUGGUCUUUGAGAAUGCAGAGAUCGGCCAGUGUCCCAACCUGGCUCCUCCCCCUCCCCCGCUGCCCCUCCCAGAAGAAGAGAAUGAAGAGGAGGAGGAGGCCAAGGAAGAAGACGUGUCCCAGCCGGUCCAACCUGAGGCUCCUGCUGUACCACCACCCACCCCGACACCCAGACAGACCCCUCCACCUCCCACUGACGCGCCCCCUGUCGUACCUCCAGAACUCAGCCCCGCCACAGAGGAACCUGACUACGGUGCUGUCACAGCCCCUCCGCUUUCCUGUGCUGCCGAGGCAUCUCCAGUGGUCUUAGAGAAAGCCAAACAGUUUGGUCUCUCCAAAAACAGCCAUGUUGCAUUUGAAUUCGAUGACACAAAGGUUAAGAACAGACUGAUCAUAGAGUUUGAGCUGCGGACCACAGCAGAGUCAGGCCUGGUGUUCUACAUGGCAAGGAUCAACCACGCUGACUUUGCCACCAUCCAGGUGAAGGAGGGCAUGGCCCACCUCGGGUACGACUUGGGCCACGGCAACACCUCCGUCAGCGUGCCACGCAUCAUCAACGACGGACACUGGCACAAGAUCCGGGUGAUGAGAGAGAAACAGAGAGGUGUACUGGUGAUAGACAACCGCUACUCCAAGCACACCACCAGCCCCAAGAAGGCUGAUAUCCUGGAUGUUGUUGGCAUGCUGUAUAUAGGUGGCCUACCCGUCAACUAUACCACCAAGAGGAUCGGACCAGUCUUGUACAGUAUCAAUGGCUGCAUUAGGAAUUUCAAGAUGCUGGGGAAUGUGUUGGACAUGGACACGCCCACCUCCAGCCACCACGUGGGCAGCUGUUUCAUCAGCACUGAGAAGGGAACCUACUUUGAUGGCACUGGAUAUGUCAAAGCAGUGGGUUCCUACAGGGUGGGUCUGGACGUGUCUCUGGAGCUGGAGUUCCGUACGUCCCAGAGCAACGGUGUUCUGCUGGCGGUCAGCAGCCAGGUGGACACCAAGAUGGAGGGCCUUGGCAUCGAACUGCACAACGGAAAGCUGCUGUUCCACGUGGACAACGGAGCGGGCCGGAUCACAGCUGAAUACCAGCCUGAAGCAGAGGCAGGCCUCUGUGACGGUCAGUGGCACUCGGUCACAGCCCACAAGCUCCGCCACAGGCUGGAGAUCAUAGUGGACGGCAGGAAGGUGGAAGCAGAGAGCCCCAACGCCAGGUUCAACACCGUUGACACCAGCGACCCCAUCUACGUCGGUGGAUACCCAGAGGGGCUCAAGCAGUUUGGCCUGACUUCUAGUACUUCAUUCAAAGGCUGCAUGCGCAACCUGAAGAUAACCAAGGCAUCCAAAGUGUUGGAGGUUCAAUUCAACAAGGGCCUGGAAUUCAAGGGGGUUCAACCCCUAACCUGCCCAGCCAAUGCAGCCUAAACACGGACUACCAAAGCCUGUCACUGCCUGAAGCACAGCAGCAGCACCAAAACACAUGGAAACACAACUUACCAGACUGUAACCUCUCCCUUAUGCUGAAUCAGACGGCCAGCCAGCUUUAUACCCAGAGUUUGGAUUGCUUUUUUAGAGUGUGAAGUAUCCCAACCCCCUCCAAAGUGAGUGGAACCUGUAGGAUGACUUAGUAUACAACCAUGGUUCAUUUAGAGAACUAUGGAUCCCCUUCUGUUCUCCUGUAUGGCUUAAGCCCCCUGUUUGUCUAAACUACAUGUGAUGUAGCAAACCGUAUGCAUGGUGUGGUUGGAAUUUGUACCGUUUAACAACAAGCAGCAUUUUCAAAUAUAUGCUUUGAAGGCAUUCAAAUCAUUUUCUUGUCUUUAUUACAAUGUCAAACCGUUACUUUUAACUUACACUCGGGAUCUUGAGGAUUGCCACAUGUUGUAAUCUGCUUCAUUUCCCAUAUAUUAAUUUAGCAACAUUUCUUCCAACAAGGAACUGCCUUAGUCUGCUGCUCUGCCUAACCUUCUAGCAACAGAGAAACACGCCUACUAUCAAUCUGGUACACACACAUUUUAUUAUCAACUAUUUUACAGUAGGCUAUGUCUAUUAUCUAUGCAGCAAACAGUGAACUGCACUGAAAUUGGAAGAAUUAUGAAAAUAAAAUGCUAAGCAACAGAUAUGUUUGCAAUCUGA